AUGUCGAGCCGGGUCCCGGCGCCCAGCCCCCGGCUCGCGGCCGCCUUCCACCUCCUCCUCCCACCUCCUCGCCCCGGCUCCGCCAGUUCGAGACUUCCCUGGGCGGUGAGGUCAUCUCCCCGCCGCCCAUUGGCUGCGCCGUGCCGUCAGUCACAGGAGGUCGCGCCGCCGUCCUCGCCCCUCUCAUUCCCCUUCCUUCUGCGUCCGCCCCGUAGUCCGCCAAUCCCCGUCUCGUCAAGGCCUCUAAUUGGCCGGCGCCGCUGUCACUCCUCCAGCGGGCGGUAUGGGAGGUGGGAGGCGGGAGGCGGGCGGCGGGCAUGGUGGGAGGGUCCGCUGCUUCCCCGGCUGAGAGGAGGCGCCGGCGGCCGUGUCUGUAGUGGCCGCGGCGGCGAGAGCGACCGUCCCAUCCUCCCCACCCCCUCGGCUGCGCUCGCCACACGCCCUCCGCUCUCGCCGACUUCUCCCCAGCUCCGCGCGCCCCGGCUGGACGUUGACCCUCGGGAGCGGACGCGAGCGGCUAGAGCCGGAGCGGGGCAAGCCGCGGAGCCCGGGCCGGGAGGAGAUCGAGGCGUGAUCGAAGGGUAUGGUUGGCAUGGAAUUGAAUUUCAUCUGUCUGUGGGAAUUGUAAGAAAGAUUGCCAUCACGAAAGCCAAAGUGGAUUUCUCCAGUGUGGUGUGCCUGCCCCCUUCCGUCAUUGCUGUGAAUGGGCUGGACGGAGGAGGGGCUGGCGAAAAUGAUGAUGAACCAGUGCUCGUGUCCCUGUCUGCAGCACCCAGUCCCCAGAGUGAAGCUGUUGCCAAUGAACUGCAGGAGCUCUCCCUGCAGCCCGAGCUGACCCUAGGCCUCCACCCUGGCAGGAAUCCCAAUUUGCCUCCACUUAGUGAGCGAAAGAAUGAGACGAAUAGCAAGGGGAGGAGCUCACUCACUGCCCUCACCGCACUUCGUAUGUCUCAACUUGCGUGCUUUUUGGUUUCCUGUCGGCCCGUGAUUCUACUCUGUGCCAUCUUGGCUUGCCUGAAGGGUGGAUAA